AUGUCGUUGACCAACACAAAGACGGGCUUCUCUGUAAAGGACAUUUUGGACCUUCCUGACACAAAUGACGAAGAAGGAUCUAUCACCGGAGCGGAGGAAGACACAGAGGGAUCGGAGACAACAUCCACGACAAAAACCACUGGAGUUUUGGUGAAAAGUCCUCUAGAAAACGUUCAAAAUCUGCCUUUAAAGAACCCUUUUUAUGACAGUAGUGACAAUCCUUACACACGAUGGCUUGCUACUACGGACAGUAUUCAAUAUUCAUUGUUUCUCCCGUUUCUUGCCGCAGUGCACGGUCUAUCAGCCAGCACUCAGGAGUCGGCCAAGUCCCCGGAGCCGUCCGCGGACGACGAAUCGCCGGACAACGACAAGGAAACUUCCAGCAGCGGAGGCAGCGACUCCGGAAAGAAACGGAAAAGGAGGGUGUUGUUUUCCAAGGCUCAGACCUACGAGCUGGAGCGCCGCUUCAGGCAGCAGAGGUACCUGUCCGCACCGGAGAGGGAGCACCUGGCCAGUCUGAUCCGUCUCACCCCGACCCAAGUGAAGAUCUGGUUCCAGAACCACCGGUAUAAGAUGAAGAGAGCCCGGGCCGAGAAAGGUAUGGAAGUGACCCAUCUCCCUUCUCCCAGGCGGGUGGCCGUGCCCGUCUUAGUCAGGGAUGGAAAGCCUUGUCACACUCUUAAAGCUCAGGACUUGGCGGCCACUUUUCAGGCCGGGAUCCCCUUCUCGGCUUAUAGUGCCCAGUCACUCCAACACAUGCAGUAUAACGCGCAGUACAGCGCCGCGGCCACGCCACAGUUCCCCACAGCACAUCACUUGGUGCAAACGCAACAGUGGACUUGGUGA